GAAGUUGGUCCUUCUGUGUUCGCAUGAAUUACUAGUUUUUCUUCUGUUUAGGUUUGGUGGUGAUCCUAACAUAGUUACCAUAUUUGGUGUGUCCUCUGGGGGUGCCAGUGUUAAUCAUCUCAUACUAUCCCCAAUGGCCAAAGGACUUUUUCACAAUGCGAUCAUACAAUCAGGUUUUUCUACUGCAAUUUGGGCGUAUACAACCUACAGCGAAGCACUUCAAGUUGCAAAGGCUAUCAGUAGAGAUGCCGGGUGUGAUAACAUGAUGUUUGCAGACUGCAUGAAGAAAAAGGGUGUCCAAGAAAUAGUUGACAUUGUGACCAAAUCACUUGCAACUGGCUGGYUCUUUCCCCCUGUUGUUGGUGGAUCAUUCCUACCUGCUGACUCUCCCGAAGCUUUGUAUGACAGCGCGGAGUUCGACGUGAAAGUCAUGAUUGGUUUUGGUAACGAUGAAGGAACUGUCCUUACUAACGCAGUUAAAGGUGCAGGAUCUGAUUAUUUCAACGUCACYAAUGGCUUCGAAAGAUCGGAAUUUAUAUCUGUGCUUCACGAACAAAAGCACAAAUUUGUACGMGGUCAAAACGAAGUGAUAAAUGAAGCUAUACUUUACCGCUACACAGAUUGGAACCACGUGACAGAUCGCUAUAAAAACCGUCGAAUGUUUGUUGAUAUGGUCAGCGAUUCUAUGUUUGUUGCACCUGCAAUUGAGACUGCUAGAGAGUUGGCCAACAAUUCUGUAAUAACAUACAUGUAUCAYUUGGAGCAUCGCUUGAAAACAUUUUACUUCAGACAUGUUCCAUCUUGGGUCGGUGCAUUCCAUGCAGCUGAACUCCCAAUUUUGUUUGGCCAGCCCUUCUGGYGUAGUAUAUCCGGAGUGAAUACGAGGGAAGGAAACUAUAGCCGUGCAGUGAUWAGACUCUGGACCAACUUUGCUAAAACAGGGAAUCCCAAUAAACCUGCCGACAUCGGUCUAGUGUGGCCACAGUACGACUUAAAACUACAACAGUUCAUGGCUCUUAAACCUGACAUGGCUGUAAAAGCUAAACUACGAAACGAUUACGUGGCUUUCUGGAAAAGCUUUGUACCAGCCGCCCUUCAGUUCAUGUCCACACGAACAUGCGAACAUACGUAGAGGAAUCCCUGCCUUUCUCUUUCAGAAGCACUGCACCCUCCUUUUCACAUACGAAUUACUUUAAAAAAUAAUUUGUUUGGAUUGCAUGGUGGUAUUUUUAUGGUAAUCAGACUUUUCAAAGCCUUGUUAAA